AAGUUUAUGCCAGUAUGGGACAGACAUUGGUUAAAGCAGGAACAGAUCUCAUUUCCUUCAUAGACAAAAAUUUGUUUGGUUAUGGCUACAAGGGAAAAGUUAUUAUCUCAUCAGCAUCCUUCAGCACAUUUGCUUAUGUUCAAGCAGCGGCAACAGCAGCAAAAGAAUCACGAAACGCGCACCGUUAUUUCUUCACGAUAGAUCAAGAAGGGAACAACUAUGAGGGCGUGAUGAAGAAGCUGUCCCCAUUUACAUACAAUAGAGUGUACGGUACAGGUUCUGGUUCGUGUGGUAAAGUGGUGACUUAUUACAAUGCUAUUAAAGCUGCCGUGGCUGGUAAGAAGCAAGGUGAAAAUGGUAUGAAUUACAUCUAUACGGUAGACAAAGAAGAAAUUAUGCGAGAGUAUAUCAAACUGGGUGUCGAAGGAAUCAUGACGAAUCGCGUUGCUUUAACCAAGAAGCUUGCCAUGUCCCUAGGCCUAAGGAUCGCACUGCCGAACGAUCCGAUUCCAAUUUCAACAAAAAUUGUUGGUAGUAAGUAUGAUGAUAUAAAUGAAAGAGUUCAAUGAACAAAGAGCUUUGUUUUUCCUGCUUCAGAAGAUUCUAAUAGUAUACAAGUAUACAGAGUUUUUAAAGUUUCUGUACAGCAAUAGAAGUAAGACUAACACAUCAGUAAUUUAUAAUCACUACCGUCCUGGAGAAUUUGAAUUUGAAUAGAUGCCUGGAUAUGCAGCUACUUUGAUAGCUAGAGAGAAAAUCAAAUAGUUUAAUGAUACAUUAGUCGACCGGUUAUCAGAUGACGCAGUUUGAUUUCUAUUCUGAUUUUGUAAUCUUUCUUAACAAAUCUUUCGUGCUUAUUGAGAUAUACUCAUGUGGAUGCAUUUAUUUCAACUCACUUGUAUUUCCAUAGAUAGGGGCCACGAUUGCUUAGUUCUUAACUGUGUGAAUAAAUUACAAUAUUCACCUUACCAUGAAGCUUCUAUGGGCUUACGAUAUUUUCUCCUGAUUGCUCUACAAGUGUAAUAGUUGAUAACUAUACAUAAAAAAAGAAAAAAAGAAAAAUAAAUAAAAAACUGCUAUUCUGUUUUAGUGAGCGUUUUAUUCAAAAGUAUGUUUUGAACAGAAAAAUGACUGAGUCAUCCCUUUUUUUCCGACCAAAGCACGAGCGAUCGAAUUGAAAUCUAUGCAUAUAUACGAGCUAAUAUUUACAGUGUCGACUUUUUAUAGAUUAAAAACUUUUCCUUCAAUGACCUUUUAGCAGAUUUCAAAAAAUGAGAACUACAAAAAGCAGCAUUUUCGCGAUACAUUUCACAUUUGAGUUAUCUCAUCUGAACUGUGCAUUCAAGAAAAGCACGAAAUAAGUACCUCAGAAAGUGGCUUCUAUUUCUACUAAAAUUUCAAGCACAAUCGAAUGUACUAUGUUCGAGAAACGAGAGCACAAACAAAGGUCACUUUUAACACUUAUAAAGUGAAUAUUCUUAGAAGGAAGCAUCCAGAAAUUUUACAUCUGUAACAAUUUCUUGCUGUAAUAGCCGAGAUGUCUUUGGGCUGCUAGUUUCAGAAUGCUCUCGGUUAGUAGCUCUUGAAAAAACCACCAGAAAUGAGAAAAUGUCCUUACACAGAUGUCCCAAACCAAUACCAACCGAAAUCGUUUUGUUAGCAAAUAACCAUACAAAGGUCUAUUGGCGCAUUAUUUAGGAAAUUUUGAGCUUCUAGAAAAUGAAAAUUGACCAUUAUCUCGGUUUCAUUGACUUUUCUGAACCCUUAAUAAUAUCUCCGUAGGCUCCUGAGUCAUUCUGAUUUCAAGAGAAUCAGUUAUAAUUAUCUCAUCAAGCGAGUAGUGUUCUUAAUAAUUUGUUCUCAAAUAGCACUAUUCACAAAAAUCGAUCAUUAUUUUAGUUAUUUUUUCUUUAUUUUCAUUGCAGAAAAACGACAUGAUGUGGUUCGAACGAUUGAACCGGAAUCAGGUCCUUGGGGUGAAUUUACUGAUAUGGUUUAUUGUGAUGCAAAUACGUGGGCAAUUGGUUUUCGUCAACGUGUAGAGAAACCAUGUGAUAAUUGUGAUGAUACUGCUUUGAAUGCAUUGGAAUUAUUGUGUGGAAAGAAAGAUGGAACUCCAGUUAAGUCAAUUACAUCACACAAAGGUUUUUGGGGCGAUUGGGAUGACAAUGUUCGUUGUCCUGGAAAAAAUAAAUUUUUGAAAGGUGUUUCAUUCAAAAUUGAAGAACCUCAAGAAACAGGUGAUCAUACAGCUGCAAAUGAUUGUCAAUUUGCAUGCUCUCAAUCAUCUAAUAUUUUCGCAUCGAAUGGUUAUCCAUGGGGCGACUGGAAGCAGAUGAAAUAUUGUCCUCCAUCAACAGCUAUCUGUGGAGUUUCACUAAAAUUAGAAAAUAUACAGCACGAGGGAGAUGAUACAGCCGCAAAUGGAGCAAAAUUCGACUGUUGUACUUUAUGA